GCAUCAAAUAGGUAUCUAAAACCUUCUGAGACCUCAGUAUCUCCAAAUUAUAAACUUUUCUCCUGAAUUAGGUUUCCUGUGAAAUCUUCGGAACGUCAAUUGGAAAUUAACCAACGUUUGUAAUAAUUGUCCAUGUGGCAUCAAAUGGGUGCCAGAAACCCUCCAAGGCUCCAGUUUCCCAAAGUUCUCAACUUCUCUCUCGAAUUAGUUCUGGUGCCAUACCCCGAUACGAUUCUACGAGAACAAGAAAUGGUUGGCGGUAAAUCUUCGAAACGUCGAUUGCGAAUUAAACAACGUCUCUAAUCACUCACCCAGCCCGGUUUCCCGCCAAACGAUACCCGUAUCCGCGAGAAUAGUCGCGAGACGCGUACGCGCAGCAGCUGGAACGUCGAUUCGUGCAUCAGUGGAAGCGCUGGCGAUGGGUGGGAGUGGAACUGGAGAAAGCAAGAAAACGGUUAAGGUAGCGGAUGGGCGGCCGUUGGUGGUGGAUGCGAUGGAGGAUGGAACGACGCCGACGGACGGGUAGUAGCGUCGGUGGAAGCAGCGCAAAGCAGACGCCGAGUGGCGGCGUCGAAAGGGGGAGGCGGGGGUGAUGGUGGGGGGAGCGAGUGGCAGUACAGCGGCUCGUUUAGCACGCAGGAUCAGCUUGGGGGAGAGCCUCGCUCCGUCGGUUUUACCUCGCGCUGGCUAGUAGCUCUGCCGCAUUCGUACGUGAUACGAAAGACACGCGACACAAUUACUUAUAGGCGGCUAGAAUCGUUCUUAAACCGUCUAUGUGGCACCAGUGCAUCUCGGUGGGCGUUCGAGCGCGAGGCUAAUUGGUGUUGGGAAAUUUGUCCCGGUGACAGAGUGAACGAACCGAGAAUAUAUUCCUCGCUGAGGGAAGAAGGGACGAAGAGCCAGGAAACGAUUAAAGGAGGCUCCGAGUGUGUGUUAUCAUUUUAUUUGAUCGCGUACACCUCGCUGCGAGCUGUCCAAGUCUCGAGGCAAUUCGAGUUCUGGCGUUGGCAGGACGCGUGGAUGGUUUUACGCGGCCCGAACCAUCGAUGAUUUGUGCGUGCACGUAAAGGAUAGACGGGAGGUGUGCGAGGAUUCAAGUGUUACGUAGGAAAGUUUUUUUUUUUUUUUGCUCUCGUGUGUUGUGAAAGAAGAAGGUGGGGGUGUCCUUUUUGGAAACAACUGAGAAAUUUUGCGAGCGAAUUUCGGUUGCUCGGGAACCUCCGAUUGGUCCAACCGCUGAACUUUGCGACGAGUCAGUUCUCUCACUCGUGGCCGUGUGCACGCAUUCGAGUAUCGCGGUCUUCCUGUUCAACGUGUGAUUUUGACGUUCAAAGUGAGACGACGGUGGAAGGGAGCCCGCAGUUUCAACGAAGCCGCGUCGUUAAAGGGCGCCUCGUCACAUCGUAGGAUUCGCUACGUUAAUCAACUGAUUGCAAAAUGGGUUGUUUUGGGAGCAAAGACAAGUUGAGCAAAGAGGAUAUGGAUUUCCUAAAGUCGCACACGAGAUAUGACGAAGCGACUAUAAAGGAAUGGUACAAGGGAUUUAAACAAGACUGCCCGAAUGGCCGAUUAACGCCAGCGAAGUUUGUCGACAUGUACAAAAUGUUCUUCCCGUCUGGCAACGCGGAGGAAUUCUGUGAUCAUGUCUUUCGAACAUUCGACAUGGACAAAAAUGGCUACAUCGAUUUUAAGGAGUUUCUGUUAGCCAUCGACGUAACAUCCAGUGGAACGCCGGAAGAAAAACUGAAAUGGGCCUUCCGCAUGUACGAUGUCGAUGGAAAUGGCGUCAUCGAUAUUCAAGAAAUGACGAAGAUCGUGCAGGCAAUAUACGACAUGCUCGGUGCGUGUUCCAGUAAUAGGCCAGCGGACAGCGCGGAGGAAAGAGCAAAGAACAUCUUCGCAAAGAUGGACGAGAACAAUGACGGUCAGCUGACUCAGGACGAAUUUUUGAAGGGUUGCCUCCAGGACGAGGAGCUCUCAAAGAUGCUGGCUCCCUAAUUCCGGGGCGUCGCUUACUAACGUCGUUCUCACAAUGCCCAAAUGAAGGAGACGUUCCACACCAAAUACUAAGCAACCGAACAACUUCCUCGACAAAAACAAUCUCAGAAACACCGAUAUCUUGAAUACGAACGAUUUUUAGUACGAGAUUACGCCACACGAAUGCGGUCGUUGUUACGGUUUGACGAGAGAAAUCCGUCUGAACGCGCGCAACGGUUCCCCCUCCCGCCUCCCAGACACAAUCGACAAAGAGUGUUGACGAUGAUUAAAAAAAAAAAAAGAAAGAAAGAAAGAAAGAAAGA